AUUGAUGAAAAUGGAUUACAAGAUGUAAACACGACAUUUUCAUCUUCUUCUUCACUUACCCUCACCACACUAUCACCCUUUUUAAACCUUACCCUAACCUAACACAGAAAGAGAAACAAACAGAACCAUGAAACUUCUCCUCCUCCUACUCCUUCUUCUCCUCCACAUUUCUCACUCAUACGCCGCCGUUCAUUCAAUCUCCGAGCUCCGUGCUCUUCUCUCACUCAAAUCCUCCCUCACCAGCAACGAAAACGACCAACACUCACCUCUCGCCUCAUGGAACCUCUCCACAAGCUUCUGCCUAUGGACCGGAGUCACGUGCGACGCCUCUCUCCGUCACGUGACCUCCCUCGACCUAUCCAGCCUCAACCUCUCGGGGACUCUCUCCUCCUCCGUAGCUCACUUACCUCUCCUGCAAAACCUCUCCCUCGCCGCCAACCAGAUCUCUGGCCACAUCCCGCCGGAGAUGGCCAACCUCUCGGACCUCCGCCGUCUGAAUCUCUCCAACAACGUCUUCAACGGCUCGUACCCCGACGAGCUCUCCGCCGGAUUGCUCAAUCUCCAGGUCCUCGAUUUGUACAACAACAACCUCACCGGAGACUUGCCCGUCUCCGUCGCUAACCUGACGGAGCUCCGUCACCUCCACCUCGGCGGUAACUACUUCGCCGGGAGAAUCCCUUCGGCGUACGGAAGCUGGCCUGCUCUCGAGUACUUGGCCGUCUCCGGCAACGAGCUAACCGGGAGAAUCCCUCCGGAGAUCGGAAACCUAACGGCUCUCCGAGAGCUCUACGUCGGAUACUUCAACGCCUUCGACGGCGGCCUUCCGCCGGAGAUCGGAAACCUCUCGGAGCUCCUCAGGCUCGACGCCGCGAACUGCGGGCUGAGGGGAGAGAUCCCGCGGGAGAUCGGGAGGCUCCGGAAGCUCGACACGCUCUUCCUCCAGGUGAACGCCUUCUCGGGGCCGUUAUCGCCGGAGCUGGGAACGAUCACGAGCUUGAAAUCGAUGGAUCUGUCGAACAACAUGUUCACCGGAGAGAUUCCCGCGAGUUUCCAACACCUGGAGAAUCUAAAGCUCUUGAACCUCUUCAGGAACAGGCUGUACGGCGCUAUACCGGAGUUCAUCGGCGAUAUGCCGGAGCUCGAGGUGCUGCAGCUGUGGGAGAACAACUUCACCGGAAGCAUCCCUAGGAAGCUUGGGGAGAACGGUAGGUUGGUGAUUCUCGACCUCUCCUCAAACAAGCUCACGGGGACUUUGCCGCCGAAUAUGUGCUUCGGUAAACGGUUAGUGACGUUGAUCACUCUCGCCAACUUCUUGUUCGGUUCGAUUCCUGAUUCGCUUGGGAAAUGCGAGUCUUUGACCCGGAUCCGGAUGGGCGAGAAUUUCCUAAACGGGUCGAUUCCGGAAGGGCUUUUCGGGUUACCCGAGUUAUCUCAAGUGGAGCUCCAAGAUAAUUACCUCACGGGAGAGUUACCGUUACCUAUAAGCGGAGGAGUGUCUGUAAACCUUGGUCAGAUCAUUCUUUCGAAUAACCAACUCUCCGGUCCGUUACCGCCGGCUAUCGGGAACUUCUCCAGCGUCCAGAAACUGCUUUUAGAUGGUAACAAGUUCGCCGGUCCGAUUCCCUCGGAGAUAGGGAGGCUUCAGCAGCUCUCGAAGCUGGAUUUCAGCCACAAUUUGUUCUCCGGCGGGAUCGCGCCGGAGAUCAGCCGCUGUAAGCUGCUAACGUAUGUUGACCUGAGUCGCAACGAGCUCUCAGGUGAGAUCCCUAACCAAAUCAAGAGCAUGAGGAUCUUGAAUUACUUGAAUGUUUCGAGAAACCAUCUCGUCGGUUCCAUCCCUGCGACGAUAUCGUCGAUGCAGAGUUUGACAUCCGUUGAUUUCUCUUACAACAACCUCUCCGGUUUGGUUCCCAGCACUGGACAGUUCGGUUACUUUAAUCACACGUCCUUCGUGGGUAACUCUGAUCUUUGUGGUCCGUAUUUGGGUCCUUGCAACCAGCCUCAUCAUGUCAGACCACCUCUAUCGGCUACUACAAAGCUCUUACUCGUCCUCGGGUUACUGUUCUGUUCGAUGGUGUUUGCCAUAGCUGCCAUAGUCAAAGCCAGGUCCCUGAGAAACGCCGCCGAGUCCAAGGCUUGGAGACUGACAGCUUUCCAGAGACUAGACUUCACUUGUGAUGAUGUCUUGGUCUGUCUCAAGGAAGACAACAUCAUAGGCAAAGGCGGCGCUGGGAUUGUCUACAAAGGCGUGAUGCCUAGCGGCGACCUAGUGGCGGUCAAGAGAUUGGCUACCAUGUCUCAUGGUUCUUCUCAUGAUCACGGGUUCAACGCCGAGAUUCAGACUUUGGGUAGGAUCAGACACAGGCACAUCGUCAGGCUGCUUGGGUUUUGCUCCAACCAUGAAACGAAUCUCCUUGUGUACGAGUACAUGCCCAACGGUAGCCUCGGAGAGGUCCUCCACGGAAAGAAAGGAGGUCAUUUGCAUUGGGACACACGUUACAAGAUUGCACUUGAAGCGGCCAAGGGUCUUUGCUAUCUCCACCAUGACUGUUCACCUCUGAUCGUCCACAGAGAUGUCAAAUCCAACAACAUCCUCCUAGACUCCAGCUUUGAAGCUCAUGUCGCUGACUUUGGUCUUGCCAAGUUCUUACAAGACUCUGGUACUUCUGAGUGUAUGUCUGCUAUUGCCGGCUCCUACGGCUACAUCGCUCCAGAGUAUGCGUAUACAUUAAAGGUAGAUGAGAAGAGCGAUGUGUACAGCUUCGGUGUUGUUCUUCUGGAACUCAUCACCGGAAGGAAACCCGUGGGAGAGUUCGGAGACGGCGUGGACAUCGUUCAGUGGGUACGAAGCAUGACGGAUUCGAACAAAGAAUGUGUGCUCAAAGUUAUCGAUCAUAGACUCUCUUCCGUACCCGUCCACGAAGUAACGCACGUCUUCUACGUUGCGAUGCUUUGCGUUGAAGAACAGGCGGUGGCAAGGCCGACGAUGAGGGAAGUCGUUCAGAUCCUCACCGAGGUCCCGAAGAUCCCUCUUUCGAAGCAGCAGGCGGUGGAAUCAGACGCGACGGAGAAAUCUCCGGGAGUAAAUGAAUCGUAGCCGGAUCUCCUCAGUAGUUAAGACUUUCCAAACGACGGGUUUAAGUUCAUCGAGGGGCAAACUCGUCUUUUAAGGCAAAGAGAUGGUGUUUAAUCACGUGUUUAAUCCCUAAAGGCAACUAUGAGUUUAAGCAACUCUUGAAGUUUGUCGUUUUUUUCUGCCCAUAAAUUCGAGUUGCAUUAUUUUGAUAGAAAUUUUGACGUU